AUGGGUUGCUUUCUGGGUUGCUUCGGUGGUCGGAAGAAUCGCCGGCGUCAGAAACGCAGUGAAUCUGAUCAGACUAGAGAAAACAAACUUGGCGUGGAAUCUGCAAAACCUGAUCAUCUGAAUGAUAAAGUCCCCACGGUAGAGGAAAUCCCAAAAGCUUCUGUGAUUCCAAUCACUGAGAUUUGGUGA